AAAAAUAUACCCUCCUUGACGUGUUCUUUAUUUCACUUUUCUUUCUCUAGCUUUUCUCUAAAUAAGCUAUAACUCUAUAUCUCUGACCCCCCCAAUAUUUUUAUCAUCAACCCGACUAGAUCUGAAAGAAGCUGGAAAGGAAGAGAAGAAAAAAAAAAGACAGGGCUGGCAGGGAUGAACAAUAAUGGAAUAGUAGACAUGGCUCUCAGCUGCCUAGGCAGAGGAUUUGAUUUAACAUCUGAUUUUCGUCUCAAGUACUGUAAAGGCAAACAAAGAUUAGUUCUGCUUAAUGAAGCUGAAAAAAGAGAGCUGUUGGUCCCUUGUUUUGGAGCUGUAAAAGAUGUAUCCAUUGAUAUCAAGUGUGAUAAAGGUGAUCGAGUUCGAUAUCAAUCCGAUAUCCUAGAGUUCCAACAGAUGUCAGAGCAUUUCAACCAGAAAUCAUCGGUGCCUGGAAAAAUCCCAUCAGGGUUGUUUAAUUCCAUGUUUGGAUUUGAAGGAGGUAGUUGGGCAGCUGAUGCAACCAGCACUAAAUAUUUGGGACUUGAUGGCUACUUCAUUGUUCUAUUUGAUGUUCAUAUUGAUCGCUAUCCCCUGACUCUCUCCGACGAAGUCCUCAAUGCAGUGCCAUCCUCUUGGGAUCCCUGCGCCCUUGCCAGAUUCAUUGAAAAAUAUGGAACUCAUAUUAUCGUGGGGUUGAGCAUUGGAGGCCAAGACGUGGUCCUAGUCAGGCAAGAUAGAUCUUCCAACUUGGGUCCAUCUGAGCUCAAGAAACACUUAGAUGACCUUGGAGAUCAAUUAUUUACAGGGACAUGCAAUUUUUCACCUAAAUGUAGAGAGCAGAAGAACAAGGCUCCACAAGCAUUCAAUGUCUUUGAUCCUCAACCUGUUACCUUCAAUAGCUUCUCAUCCAUGAAUACAAAAGAUGGAAUCACUGUGAUAUGCACAAAGAGGGGUGGAGAUCUAUCAGCAAAAAGUCAUUGCGAAUGGCUUCUGACUGUUCCAUCGAAGCCAGAUGCGAUUCAUUAUAAUUUUAUACCUAUAACUUCCCUUCUCAAUGGUGUUCUUGGCAAAGGCUUCUUAUCACACGCUAUCAACCUGUAUCUUCGAUACAAGCCUCCUAUAUCUGAUUUACAAUACUUUCUUGAUUUCCAAUCUCACAAGAUUUGGGCACCAAUUCACAAUGACCUCCCGCUAGGUCCUACCACAAAUAUGGCAGGUCCUUCACCAGCUCUCCACUUCAACUUGAUGGGUCCUAAAUUAUAUGUAAAUACUACUCAGGUUAUGGCAGGAAAAAGGCCUGUAACUGGAAUGAGGUUCUAUCUUGAAGGCAUGAAAGGUAACAGGUUAGCCAUACACCUCCAACAUCUAUCGAAUACUCCAAAAAUGCUAGAAAACAAGAUAGAUGACACUCAGUGGUGGCGAGGAUCAGAAGAAAGUAAUGAUGAUGGAUUCAUUGAAGUUGUUUCUCGGAAAAUGUUCUCCCAUAUAUGCACAGCACCUGUGAAGUACAACCCGAGAUGGAGUAGAAGAAAAGAAGUAGCCUACAUUGUCACAGGAGCUCAACUUCACAUAAAGAAACGCGACUCAAAGAAUGUCCUUCAUCUUCGGUUGCUGUAUUCCAAGGUUUCAGAUUCUUUUGUAGCGCAGUCCAGGUGGGUUCAAGUCUCCUCUGAAUAUUCACAAAAAUCUUCAGGCCUACUCUCUGCCCUGAGCACGUCGAUAUCAGGAAAUGCAGAGAAAAAGAAACCACAGGCAGUGGUUGUGGAUUCUAGUGUGUUCCCAUCAGGACCUCCAGUGCCAGUGCAAACGCAGAAGCUUUUGAAAUUUGUAGACUUGUCACAGCUGUGUAGAGGGCCUCAGGAUAGUCCUGGACAUUGGCUGGUAACUGGGGCUAAGCUGGACUUGGAGAGAGGGAAAAUAUGCUUGCAGGAAAAUUGGUGUUUUUGAAGAACUAAAAAGAAAUUUACUUUUGAGGAAUGAUUUCUGUAGCCAAAGAUGUCAAAAACAAGUUUCAAAGUUGAAGUAUGUAUUGGCCAAAUUGCGCAUAACUUGCCGCAUAAGUUAUGCAGUUCUGCAUAAGGAGAAGAAACUGUCCCAAGCACCUACCGAAAUCUGCAUAAGUUGCCGCAUAACUUAUGCAGAUUCGUGCCUCCCUUAUGCAACCUCACAGAAUUGUGCAUAACCUAUGCAGUCUUGCACCUUGCUCAUGUAGUUUUGCAUAAGAGAGCCAGAAACCAGCCGAAAACUGCAUAAGAGUUAUGUAGUCCCACAAAGACUUCAUUGAUGAGCUGGCAGAAGAUUCCUUCAGAAAAUCACACCUCAAACACACCAUUUUAGGGCUCAUUGUCAGAAAAAAAUUAUAAAUAGAUCCUUAUCCCAUUUUAGAAGAGAAGAGAAAAAGAGGGGAAGAAAAGGAAAAGGAUAGGACAGCAGCUGAAGAGUCAAAAACGUCUCCCACACCAUUUCCAAUAAGAUUUGGAGAUUUCCUUCUUUUCUUGCAUUUUUCCUACCUUUCUAGUAUUGGGUUUCUUAUUUCUUAGCUUAGAUUAAAGCUUUGUUUCAAUAUUAACUCAGAAUAUCUUGUAAAUAUUAUGGAUAGUGAGUAGUUUUCUUUGAUUCUGGAGUAAGGGAUGUAAUAUUUAAGAUAUUUUGUGGAUUUUGAUUGGGUAAUCCAUAUUUUGUGGUCUU